CAGAUGUCCAUGUGAUGCAGGAGUCGGUCCAGACCAGCCAUUCCGAGAGGCCGCUGGAGGAAAUCUGGAAGCUCAAGAAGGAGCUGGACGACGAGAGCCAGCGACGGCAGCAGCUGGAGGCGGAGAUCAAGGCAAUCCAGGAGAACAUCCUCUUCCUGCAGAACCAGAAGCCCCAGGAGUCCGUGGUCAGGAAGGAGGUGGUGAAGAAGAUGCCCGACCCGCAGCUGGACGAGAGCUUCCACAAGAUGCAGCAGAACCUGGCUGAGGAGCAGCGCAGGAACCAGGCGCUGCGGGACGAGGUGGAGGGCCUGAGGCUCAAGCUGCGCGUCCUGGAACACGAGAAGAAAGAAGGCGGGCAGGAGUACGUGGUCAAGGAGGUCCUGAGGAUCGAGCCUGACAGGUCACAGGCAGAGGAGAUCUUGAAGCUGAAGGAGGAGCUGGAGGAACUCAAGCGGCAGGAAGGGUCCCGGGAGAACGAGAUGGCUGUCCUGCGCAGGCAGGUGGCUGCUCUGUCCAACGAGAAGAACACGGAGCUGGAGAAGGUGACCGAGAAGGAAGUGGUGAAGCUGCAGAACGACCCCCAGCUGGAGUUGGAGUACCAGCAGCUGCAGGAGAGCAAGCAGAAGGAAAGCACGCUGAGGCAGCAGCAGGAGGAAGAACUGCGCUUCCUGCAGGACAAGCUGAAGCGGCUGGAGAAGGAACGGGCCAUGGCCGAGGGCAAGAUCACCGUCAAGGAGGUGCUCACGGUGGAGAAGGACCUAACGAUGGAGAGGGAGGUGAACGACCUGCGGCGCCAGUAUGAGGAAGAGAAGGCCAGAGGGCGCUCCAAUGAGCGGGAGAAGGCUGAGCUGCUCCGGAAGAUCCAGGCCUUGGAAGAGGAGAACGCCAAGGUGAUUGUCCAGGAGAAGGUCCGGGAGAUUGUGCGGCCGGACCCCCAGGCGGAAAGCGAGGUGGCCAACCUUCGCCUGGAGCUGGUGGAGCAGGAAGGGAAACUGCGAGGUGGGGAGGAGCAGCUGAAGGACUGCCAGAGCGAGCUGGCUGCCCUGCGGAACAGAGGGCCCCAGGUGGAAGUUCAAGAAGUCAUCAAGGAAGUCAUCAAGUACAAGAACGACCCGGAGACGGAGCUGGAGCUGCAGCAGCUCCGGGACGAGAUCGUGGAUCGGACCAGAGCCAUCGAGAGAGCAGACCUGGAGAUCUACCAGCUGAAGCAGGAGAUCGAGACUCUGAAGAACACCCAGCCUCAGGUCCAGGUGAAGGAGGUGAUCCAAGAGGUGCUGCAGUACCGGGAAGACCCGCAAACGAGAGAAGAGGUGGAGUCCUUGAGGGCUCAGCUGGCCGAAGAACAGCGGAAGCACAUGGAUCUGGAGCGGGACCGGAGGCAGCAGGAGGAGAUCAUCCGGCAGAAGGAGGAGGAACUCUCCCAGGUGAAGGAGAAAGUGGUGCAGCAGGAGGUGGUGAAGCUGGAACAAGACCCUGCCCGGAAAGCCGAGAUCGACUCCUUCUCCCAGAGCAUAGAGAAGGAGCUCAACCAGAUCGACACACUGCGGGGCGAGAUGCGCAAGCUGCAGCGGAGGCGGUCGGAGCUGGAGCGGCAGCUGGAGGAGCUUGAGAAGGAGCGGCAGGCCCGCCGAGAGGCCGAGCUGGAGGUGCAGAGGUUGCGGAUCCGGCUGAACGAGCUGGAGGAACAAGAGCGGGAGACCACGGAGCGGGUCACCGUGAAGCAGAAGGUAAUCCUCCAGCAGGACCCUCAGCAGGAGAAGGAGCACGCCCUGACCAAGAUGGAGCUGGAGGAGGAGAAGCACCGGAGGCAGGUCCUGCAGGCGGAGCUAGAGGCACUGCGGAAGAAGCUCCAGACCCUGGAGAAGAUGGAGGUCAAGGAGAAGGUCGUCGUCUCCGAGAGCAUUCAGGUGGACAAAGGGGACACCGAGUUUGAGAUCCAAAAGCUGAAGAGCAACCUGGAGGAGGAGAGCCGGCGGAAGAUGGAGCUCGAUGCAGACAUCAAUCGGCUGGAGGCCAAGUUGUCUGAAGUGGAGUUCAACAACUCCAAGUCUUCCAAAGAGCUGGACUUUUUGAGGGAGGAAAACCACAAGCUGCACUUGGAGAAGCAGAACCUCUUGCUGGAGACCCGGAGGCUGCAGUCUGAGAUUGAGCUCACCAUGACGGAAGCCCGGGAUUUACGGAACAUGUCGCAGGUGGAGAGCAGCCUGAACUUGGACUCCCGCUUCCAGUCGCUGGAACGAGAACUGGAUGAUUUGAAGCACAUGUCUCGGGAGAAGGACGAAGAAAUCGAGCAGCUCCAGAACCGCCUUCAGACCGUGGCCAUCAAGAGGGAGCAGCGGGAGAACCACUUGAGGCGUUCCAUCGUGGUCAUCGACCCAGACACUGGCAAAGAGAUGUCCCCCGAGGAAGCCCACAAAUUCGGCCUGAUCGAGUGGAGUCUCUACGUCAAGCUGAAGAACCAAGAAUGCGACUGGGAAGAGAUCACUGUCAAAGGGCCCAACAGCGAAUCCUCCGUCAUCCUUGAUAGGAAGUCAGGGAAGAAGUUCUCCAUCGAAGACGCCUUGAAGAGCGGAAGGCUAACCCCUGCUCAGUACGACAGUUACCUGAAUAAGGAGAUCUCCAUCCAGGAGCUGGCAGUUUUGGUGUCUGGACAGAAAUAGCUUGCUUUCUCCUCUGAGAGAGGGGGGGGGGAAGGAAAAAAAAACUGUUUUGAAGCAGCCAGCAGCUUGAAGCUGCACCACUUGUUACAAACUUAGCCAUUUGCUGCCUAUUGCCCGCCUUCCGGGGGUUUAUUCCCCAAAUCUAAGGCCUUAAUCCUCCCCCACCCAAUGCUGCAUUUUUCAAGAUUGCAAGAUACCCUUUUCCUCCGCCAACCAGUAAUGUCAAACUACUUUGGCUCAGUCAGAAUGGUGGCCGAGAAAUAGUGGGGAAGACCCAUCCGCUGCCCAACUUGCUCUUAUGAAUGUGUAUCCCCCUUGUCUAUACGCCCCCUCAAAGCACAUUCCCUCAGCACAGAGACUAAGACUGCAAGCCGUGAUACCGCUCCUCCAGCCAUCUCAUAUAGUUGCAAGUCGGUUUCCUCAGCUCUUUCGUUCUCGGGCUGUUGCAAGGCUAUUUGUGUAUGUUACUUGGGGAUAAUACUGGCCUACCUUCUAGGGCUGUUGUAAGGCUGAGUCUAUGAAAAGUUCUGGCAACUUUUAAACUGCUGCAUUCAGUGUUAUUACUGCAUUAAGUCCUUUACUCUUCUCCCCCCGUCCCCCAGCCAUUGAAUUAUGCCAAAGAUAAAAGCUUGCAUGAGAAAGAGGAAGCGGUCAAAUCCAGAGCAGUUGUGGAGAGCCCGAUA